UACCUAGCAACAAGCCAGGUAGGUGCUUUAACGUUUUUUGAAGUGUGUUCACAAUUUUGCGAUGUCUGAAGCGAUCAACGCAAAAGGAAGUGUUCAAGACUGGAUCCCAAAGGACCCCGGAAAAAAACCACCAAGGUAUGUACCCAAGCACCUGGCAACUAUUCUGCUUGAGCAGAAGUCAAACAAACAGGCUUGGAAGACGAUGGGACCAGCAAAACUUGAAUUGCCUUCUCCGUCGAACUACCUCAAGAAAAACGCAAAGCGCCCCAAAGCUCCUGAGAGGACAGGGACUGGAGGCAUCCAGAAAACCAGUACUACCACUGUAAGGCUACCUCUCCAUGUACCGCUCAAUCCAAUCAAGAGGGCUAUCAUACAGACAGCUGAUUUGAAGCCUAAGCCCUCUCGUGUAGACUUCGCACAGGCACACAAACAGCUUCUCCAAAGUGCUGGACUCAUCCCUAAAUACAUCGCAAAAAAGGAUUAUGGCGAGGUACCUAUGUACUUGCAGAAGCGCCGUGAAGCUGAACAGCAGGUUAGGGAUGACCAUGCGAGACUUGAAAAGGAGAAGCAGGCCACACGACAAGUGUCAGAUGAAGAGCGAAAAGCUGCCCUGGAGGGCUUGAAGAAGAAAUGGCAUGAAGUGCACCGUGAAUAUCAGGGCCUUCCUUUCAUCCUAUACACCCCAUCGCAGAAAGGCCGCAAGGUCCACAUGGAGGAGCAACURACUGAACUGGAGAAGCACAUAAGACUACUUGAAAAGUUCAAAACCAUCUACAUUUCUGAUGCAGAUGUUGGUGGAAGUCCUUAACCCCUGAGACUCUAGAUGUUAUAUUUAAAAAAUAAAAUGUUCUACAUGUAUUACA